CGACGCUGUGAGGAGAGAUGAGCUUCAGUGUGGCUCGGCUGAACGUCCUGUACCUGCUGCUGUGGGGCUUCAGCGGGCAGCACCACACCGCAGAAAGUUAUCCAUUGACAGACUGUGAGGAAGAUGGAGAUUAUAUGCAGGGUUCUGCUGUGCAGAGCACUCUGUGUGGACUUGUGUGGCAAGACCAGAACAAGGAGCAGAUCCAGAAUGUUUUCAAACGGUUCUUGUUUCACUAUUCCAAGGCACAGAAUUCAGUCGGCUCUGUUGAGAGAGAGUCUCACUCUGUCCACCCAUUGAUGCGUCUCUCACCUAAGUUCACCCAGCGCAGAAAGAAACAGCAGGUGCACUCUAAGCUGAAGACGGCGUGCGGUCGUUCAAAUAGAUUUGUGCGAGAUGUGCUCUGUUCUUUAUUUGGAUGCUCAUUAGAACCGUAACAUCUGGAGCUGGACUAGGACUGGUUUCUUGGCUGAAAUGUUCUGCCAGAUGUUUUGGACUGUACUUCACACUCAAUUCUGUAAAUAAAUGUAAUCUCAUGGGUG